AUGAGUGCUAAACGCAAACGUGUCGUUGUGUCCUUAGAGACUAAACUAAAUGCGAUUCGUCGUCUGGACAAUGAUGCUGAUGAGCUAGUCAGCGAUGGCAUUAGAGCCUUAUUUUUGCCUCCAAACGUUACUGCCCUCAUCCAGCCUCUAGACCAGGGAGUUCUAGAAACUUUUAAGCGAAACUACAAAAAGAGGCUGCUUAGAAAUCUACUGGAGAAGCUAGAGGACGGGCUGGGUGUCACUGAUGCUCUCAAGUUAAUCACAAUGAAAGAUGUUGUCUACUGGGUGUCAGAAGCUUGGGAUAACGUUAGGGAGGACACUAUAAGAAGGUCAUGGCGCAAACUUUUCGGAAUUGAAAAGUGGCUGAGCCCCAUCAGUGCAGAGGACAUCAGUGAAUGGAUCAAUGGAGAUGAGGAUCAGGCCCUAACUGAUGACGUGAUUAUCCAGAUGCUCAACCAACCAGAAGAUGAUGACAACGAUGAACCUGAUGGGGCGACUGAGAAAAUAUCACAUACAGAAGGUCUAAGAACGAUCGAGGGAGCACUGGCAUACAUUGAACAACAAGAAACCGCAACAACAAACGAUUUAGUUUGGCUGCGACGCUGGCGCAACAGGCGGCUAGCCUAA